CCAAAUCGAAGAUGGACCUCGGAUCGAAAAACGAAGAAUAUUUUCAUAUAAUUUCAAGUGACAGUGAGGAAGAUGUGAGGUCAUCAUCUAAAAAUAGAAAAGAUAAAAAGAAACACAAGAAACAUAAGCAUAAGCACAAGCAUGAUAAGACGUCAGACAAACACAGACAUAAACACAAGAGGAGAAAAACAAGAGACAAUAGAUCAGAUGAAGAGAACGAGUAUAUAAAUGAAUCAAAACGUCGCAAGAUGGGGAAUGAAUCUGAACUUGGUAAUGAGGCGGGUUUUGAAGAAUCUGAUUUAGAGAAAUUGGAAGCUGCAAGGGCAGCUCUCAGGGCAGAGUUGAAUGGUGUCUCCGAUGAUAGGUACGAUGCUCUGUUAGAGGAGCAGUAUAAUGCUCUAAGUGCUCAAUUAAAGGAGUAUUCCGACCAGCAGGCUGACUCUGGUAAUGAAAGACCUGAAAAAUAUGAUGAUCACAUUGAAUCUGCAGAUUUCUUUCGACCAGAGUUACAACUUGCUAUAACUAUUAAAGGUGAUUCCCGCGAUGAAAGCCGGUCUGUUGCUGGAAGAGGAGCAAGUGGAAGCUCCAAACGAAAUAGGAACUAUAGAGAAGAAACAAGUAGAUCUCAGGGUGACUUUGGUGAUAGUAACGUAGAUGUUGUAGGGAUGAAUAAAUCCACAUCAAUCAAUCUGAUUGCAGAUUAUGGCUCCAAUGAAAACAGUGAUUCAGAAGAGGAAGGGGAAAUAGGUCAUGAAGAAGUUGGUAAAGAUGACCUAGCUGAUGAACUUUUAGAAUAUGCUAUGAAUGAAGAUGAAUAUGCAAGAAAGUAUAGACCUGAAAGUUCUGGCCAUAGAAAAGAGGAAACAUUUAAAAGCUUUGAAAGAGAAUAUGAAGAAAUACGGAAAAGGAGAGAGAGAGAAAAAGAAAAGAAAAAAGAACGUGAAAGAAAGGAAAAGGAAAGAGCUGAAAGAAAAGAAAAAGAAAGAAGGAAAGAAAAAGAAAAGAAAGAGGCACGAAGAAAGGAGAAGGAAGAUGCCAGAAGACAAAAAGAAAGCCAAAGAGCAGCAGAGAAAAUAGCUGAAAGAGAAAAGGAAAGAUCAAGAUCGAAGUCAAGAAAUGUUGAUUCCCGUCAGGAAUUUCACGAGGAAAGGAGGAGAGAGUCUCGUCUUGAAGAUCAUCGUAGAACUGAGAGUUAUCAACGUUUGGAGGAUCGCCACAGAAUGGAGGAUCUACGAAGACAAGAGGAUAGGGAGAGUAGGAUGAGAGAUAGGGAGAGAGAUAUAAACAGGGGUCGUGACCUGCCAAGAGACCCUAGAAGAGACAGAAGUUCUUCCCGUGGAUGGCGAAGGUCAAGAGAUCGACAGAUCAGUCCACAAAGGCGCGGUCAAGGUCGACGGUCAAGGUCACGAGAUAGAAGAAGUAGGUCACGGGAUCGUAAGAAACAAGAAGAUCAAGAUAAGUUUAAAGGCAGUUUGUCAGAGGGUUUGUUUGUACAGAAGGAGCAGUCUUCUGAUGAGGAAGUUGUUGACGUUGAUCCAGAUGAAGAAGAAGAUGAAGAGACGUUAAUUGAAAGGCGAAGAAAAGAAAGAGAAGCGCUUUUACAGAAACUAAAGCAAAGUGAAGAUCCAGAGAUUAAGCCACAGUCAAAUUUAGUGAACCAGUCUGUAGAAGAGACUGAAGAAACGCAAAACCAGUCCACAGGUAUUAUCAUAGACAUGGGACCAGUCCAGCCCACACAGCAGCAACAACAACAACAAGUUUCAGAUAUACCAUUUGAAGGUCCACAAAGUCCAGAUGCCCCCGCUAGUCCCCAGAUAUCGACCAGUGACAGUUCAAGCAGCUCAUCAUCAUCUUCAUCAUCAUCGUCAUCAUCAUCUGAUCAUAGUGAUACUGAAAAAAUGGAUAGACAAAAACUUGAUAAUAAGAAGAAAAAUGAAAGAAAAAUGAAAAUUCCAGAUGAAGAUGUAGAUAAGAAACCUUUGGAUAGAGAUUCGAGUUAUAGAACUAAAGUGUCAAGUGAGAGUGAAGAUCUUUAUAGGGAAGGUAGCAAAGAGAAAUAUAUAAGUGGAAGAAAAGAAAGGAAAGAUGAAGAAAGUGAUAAAAGUAAAAAGAAUGUUAAAGACAAUAGGAAACUGGAGAAGAAAAAUAAUGACAGUGAAGAAGAGUUAAGACAAAGGAUUAUGAAUAGAAUGAAAAAUGGGAGUAAGGAGACUAGCAGAAAUGAUGAAAGUGAUGAUGAAAGGAAAGAUAGAAAGAAGGACAAAAAAGGUGAUGAUAAGAGUGAAAGAAGAAGGAAGAGAGAUAGUAGUGAAGAGCUUGAGAAAAGUUAUAAAAAGAUUGAAAAGAAGAAAGAGAAGAGAAGAGAGGGUUCACGGCAUGAGAGAAGUGAUGGGCGAGAUGAUUCAAGGAGGAAGAAGUAUGAUGAUGAUUAUUCAUCAGAUAGCAGUGAUAAAAGAAAACAAGAAAGAUAUAGACGAGGGGAGCGUACGAAAUCAAGAAGAGAUGGUGAUGAAGAUCGGUAUGAUAGCAAAAGAAGAAGCAGGAGAUACGAUGAUGAUGAUUAUUAUAAAAAAGACAGUCGAAAUAGGGACAGAAAAAGAACUUCUAAACGUUACAGUAGUUCUAGUGAAGAUGAAGAUAGGUCAAAUGAUAGGACUAAUAGAGGGAAAUCAGGUUCUAGAAAAGAUAAAGAAAGGUCCGAGCGAAGUAGUGAACGCAGUGAUAAAAAUAAAACAAAGGAGAAAUCUGAUAAGGAGGUUGAAGAGAAAAGUGAAGCUGUGGAAAGUGGUAAAGAUCUGAAGAUAUAUGAUAAUCUAGAAGAUGAAAAUACAACUGAUUUUGAAGAGACUGUAAAACAGAAACGAUUGUCCCUAGAAGGAUUUGAUGAAGAAGAGAGUAAGGAUGGUGAAGGAAAAGAAAAGUCGUCUAAAUGUGUGGACAUGUUCUCAGAAGAUGCAGAUAUGUUCUCUGAGAACUACAAUUCCCCAAACUUGUCAGCUUACAAGACAGGGAAGAAUGAGAACCCAACAUUGAUGGACAACUGGGAUGAUGCUGAAGGCUAUUAUAGGGUUCGUAUUGGUGAGAUAUUAGAUAAACGAUACACUGUGUAUGGAUAUACCGGACAAGGAGUGUUCAGUAAUGUUGUAAGGGCAAGAGACCAGGCUCGUGGGAAUCAAGAAACUGCGAUCAAGAUUAUUAGGAACAAUGAAAUGAUGCAUAAAACUGGUUUAAAAGAGUUGGAGUUUUUGCGUAAGUUGAACGAUGCUGACCCAGAUGACAAAUUCCAUUGUCUGCGACUGUACAGACAUUUCUUCCAUAAAAACCACCUGUGUCUAGUGUUUGAGUCUUUAAGUAUGAAUCUACGUGAGGUGAUGAAGAAAUAUGGGAAGAAUAUUGGUCUUCACAUCAAAGCUGUGAGAAGUUAUUCACAACAGUUACUGAUGGCACUCAAACUUCUGAAGAAAGCCAGCCUGCUACAUGCUGACAUUAAACCUGAUAAUAUUCUGGUAAAUGAUUCGAAGUUACUGUUGAAACUUUGUGACUUUGGUUCAGCAUCGCAUGUGUCCGAGAAUGAUAUAACACCGUACCUGGUCAGUCGAUUCUACCGAGCACCGGAAAUUAUCAUGGGAAAUGGUUACGACCAUGCCAUUGAUAUGUUUUCUGUUGGCUGCACAAUCUAUGAACUUUAUACGGGGAAGAUUUUGUUCCCAGGGACGUCAAACAACGAGAUGUUGAAGUUUAUGAUGGACGUGAAAGGGAAGAUACCAAAUAAAGUAAUACGUAAGAGUAUGUUUAGGGAUCAACAUUUUGAUACAAAUUUCAAUUUCCUAUAUCAUGAAGUGGAUAAAGUUACACACAGGGAUAAAAUUACUGUAUUAAGUACGAUAUCUCCAUCCCGAGAUUUGUUGGCGGAACUUGUUGGGUACCAGCGAUUGCCGGAGGACCAAAUGCGCAAAGUUAAACAACUGAAAGACUUGUUAGAAGGAAUUUUAAUGCUCGAUCCAGGCAAGAGGAUUUCAAUCAAUGCAGCCCUCGCUCAUCCCUUUAUACAGGAAAAGAUAUAAAGGGAGACAAUUCUGAUUGACUACAGACUGAGUUAGAGAACUUGGUAGGAAUUAUAUAUAUUUAUGUACAUAUGAAAUAUAUAUAAUAUACUUACAUUGUGAUUUUGCAAAUUGUUUAAAAAACAUAAAGGAACAUAUUUUGGUCUUCUAAUUGUUUAAGGUGACAGUUUGUCAACUUUCUUUUCUUUUUUUUUUUCGUUAAGGUAUUGAUUUUUUUUUAAAUUGGAAAAGUGUGAUUCAAAUAUUCAUGGAUAUACUGUAGGUAAUGUAUGUUUUUGUUUGUUUAUGUUUUAUCAAGUAGAAAAAUAAAGAGGAUUUUAUUAUGAUUCAUAAUAUUUGUAACUUCAGAUGAUAAAUUAUGUGUACAAAUUUACAUUUUGAUGCUCAUUGAUUUAUAUAUUAAGGUAUUUUAAUUUUGAAGUUAGCAUUAAGCAUAUUGUUUUCAAGUACUUAUUAUAUUCCAAUGUAUUUUUGUUCUGUUUUUGAUGAAUUAUGUUUUGAUUUGGGUACAAGUUUUCACCUUGAAUUUGCGCACAAAUUGUAAAUGGUUAAUUUACUAUGUUUACAGAUUUAUUCUCAGAAUUACCAUGACGACCUGUUCUUCAAAAACUUGUAUUCCUGAUAAUGUGAGAAAAGAUAAGUGCAAAACGAAAACCAUUUAAAACACACAAACAAAUAUGAAUGAAUUAAAAAACAUUUUUACAGAUAUUGGUUUUUAUGUUUGCAUAUAGAAAUAUUUUUAAUGAUCUUUCAGUGAAGGUGAAAAAAAUAAUUAUAGAAAUAAAAAAUUUAAAAUCUUAACGAUAAAGUAAAAGAAAAUUUUUUUAUAUUAAUUUGUUAGUGUUUAAAGUAUUUAUUGUAUAAACAUAUACAGAAUGAGAUUUUAUAAUCGCAGUUUAGAAACCAUAAUUACAUGUGAAUAUAUAAAUAAAAUGUUAGGCUUGAAAAUAUUUCACAAAUAUUCACGGCUCUCUGUUAGAUUUUUUCUUUGUGUUAUUUUGUUAAACACUACAUAGGAGAAACAUGUAUAAUUCUAAUUUCUGAUGCUAUUUUUGCAUACUACUGAAGAUUGUAAGAAAGAAAUCACUCAAAGAUAUAUGUUUGUAUAAUAUGUUGAUAUUUUAUGCAGGUACAUUUGAAGAUGGGGGAUAUUUUGAAAUCCUUGGUACAGAAACAGUUUUACUUUGUCUUGGUAAUCUAUUUUUCUAUUGUGAGUGAAUAUUUUUGUGGUGCCGAUAUUUUGUAAAUCAGUGUUUUAAUUAUAUACAGUUUAUGAAAAUAACUCCAUAUGGACAGUUUAAAUGAAGAAUUAUGACAUUUUAAUAGAAUGAUUGAUGUAUGAAUGAAAUUUUUUAGAAAACUUGAAUUUUUUCUGUAUUUCUUUUCUCUCUUUUGGAAAAUAAAGUACUGUAUAAAUUUUA